GGAGUCUUGAAGUUUAAUAUAUAAAUAAAAAAAAUACUUUGUGAAAAUUACAAGUUGCAACAAGCUGCGUCUGACAGCUUCUUUUUGUCACACAGCAAAACUAGUCAUAGGUUGUGGUUGGUGCGUUUCUGUUGUCAAAUCAAGGGAGAUAAACCUUUUCUUCUCAUGGACUUUGGACAUGAAGCUAUUCUUGGAUUAUAGGUGUUGGAGUUUCCAAAGCAGAAGUUGAAGUUUCAAACCCAAAUUCCAUUUUGAGUGUACGCUAGCAAGAUAUAAGGAUCACGCCAGUGAAAGGGACUGCAGCACAAUUUGUGGAUUCUUUGUCUAUAAACAACUAGUUCAGUAACCGCCCCAGUUAAAACCCGAUUCUUUAAAUCAUCUAUCUAACUGAUGGCUGAAGAAGAUGAUUCAUAUUCCAAUGGGAACAAAAGCAAAACUCCUAUCUACAUUUUAUUCAAGGAUUGCAGGUUUGUUUUUAAUUUGGACAAACUUGGCUUAGAAAUAGCGUCGAUUGCAUUGCCUGCAGCACUGGCUUUGACAGCCGAUCCAAUUGCUUCUCUAGUUGACACAGCAUUCAUUGGUCAAAUAGGUCCAGUGGAGCUUGCUGCUGUAGGAGUUUCUAUCGCUUUGUUCAAUCAAGCAUCAAGAAUUGCAAUAUUCCCUCUUGUUAGUGUCACAACCUCUUUUGUUGCUGAAGAAGAUACUAUUGGAACAGCGAGUCCCGAGGAAAAUCAGAAUGAUUACCUGGAAACAGGUUCAUCAAUCAAUGGUGAAACUAGACAGUUGAUCCCAGAAAGGGGUACUGAUCAGAAUGCAUACAACUCAAAACCAGUUGGUGCAAGCUUUGAAAUAGUUACAACCAAUCAUCAAAAGAGGUACAUCCCGUCAGCGUCAUCAGCAAUGGUUAUUGGCAGCAUCCUUGGCCUCAUCCAAGCCAUAUUCCUCAUAUCAGCAGCAAAACCUCUAUUGAACUUUAUGGGGGUCAGUUCUGAUUCCCCUAUGCUAAAACCUGCACAGCAGUACUUGAUCCUGAGGUCGCUUGGUGCUCCUGCAGUUCUUCUUUCACUGGCUAUGCAAGGGGUCUUCCGUGGGUUCAAGGAUACAAAAACUCCUUUAUAUGCAACCGUGGCAGGAGAUGUUACAAAUAUAAUUUUAGAUCCAAUAUUUAUGUUUGUUUUCCGUCUGGGUGUCAAUGGUGCAGCUAUUUCUCAUGUUAUAUCUCAGUACUUAAUAUGUGUCAUACUCUUGUGGAGAUUAAUGGCUCAAGUUGAUCUAUUACCCCCAAGUAUCAAACAUCUCCAAUUUGGUCGGUUUCUUAAAAAUGGUUUUCUUUUAUUAAUGAGGGUCAUUGCUGUCACAUUCUGUGUAACUCUGGCUGCAUCAUUGGCUGCGCGGCAGGGACCGACACCCAUGGCCGCAUUUCAGGUCUGCUUGCAGGUUUGGUUGGCAACUUCCCUUCUAGCUGAUGGACUGGCUGUUGCUGGACAGGCAAUACUUGCUAGUGCAUUUGCAAAAAAAGACCAUGACAAGGCAACAGCCACGGCGUCACGAGUGUUACAGUUGGGAUUGGUUUUGGGGUUGAUGCUCGCAGUCAUACUUGGAGUAGGGUUGCAGUAUGGGGCAAGGCUAUUUACAAAAGAUGUCGAUGUCCUACAUCUUAUCAGCAUAGGCAUUCCGUUUGUUGCAGCUACUCAACCCAUCAAUGCCUUGGCCUUUGUUUUUGAUGGUGUCAACUUUGGAGCAUCUGAUUUUGCAUAUUCAGCCUUUUCCAUGGUUAUGGUGGCUAUUGUCAGCAUCUUUGUUUUGUUUAUUCUCUCCUCUACCAAUGGAUUCAUUGGAAUCUGGGUUGCUUUGACCAUCUAUAUGAGUCUUCGAGCAUUUGCCGGAUUUUGGAGGUAUGUUUUACAAAAUUUAGUACAUACAAGCAUGCUCACACACACACACAAAAUUUUACUUGCCCAAACGGACCAUUUUGCUAUGGAAUUUCAGGAUAGGGACAGGAACAGGACCUUGGGAAUUCCUACGGGCGUAAAUGGACGCUGGUUUACUCAAUUGGAAGUUCAAGAGUUUCUUUGCUUCCAUUGUUGCAUGAUUUCGACUUGAUUGCUUGAAAAUUUUUACCUUGAGAUGUUCCAAGAAAUCUCAGAUUACCUUGUUACAUGAAGAGCAAUCAUACAAGGAGAAAAUUUGCCCAUUACUUAUAAUAUCAGGGGAAUCUUUAAUGAAAUGCUCUGCAAUGCAUUUUGUUUUACUACAAAGCUUAGGAGAGUAUUUUCAAGAAAGGAUAACAUAUUCUCUGUAUAUAUUUUUUUUCAUACAAUUGCAACCUAAUAAGUGCCUAAACA